AUGUUGGGAGUGCGCAGACCGAGUUUAGUCCGACAAAUGGCCUUCCGUCAGGAUUCGAAAGAAGCGGAUUUGUCCGUUCGACACAGUCAUCUGGCACCUCCCACGGUGCCACCAGACAGUCCACGACCUCAGAAGGAUACUAAAAAUGAACUUAUUGGUUCAUCAAUGGUCGUAACCAUGAAAGUGCCUGAAACAAAGAAAGAGAAUAACGUCGUGCGAUUGGAGUCGAUACAACUCGAAGAAAAGCGGAAAUAA